CAAGACACUAUGGAUAAAUAAGACAUCUCUUCCGCUCAAUAGAUUACUAUGCAUCUCGAAUUCAAUGCGUUUAUCCAUUUCUGAGUUUCACAAAUACAACGGAGGAUGCAAAUGUAGGGUUGUUGGGAGAAUAGAUGAUAUUGAUAAAGUAAAUAGUUCUAAUUCCGUAUUGGCGCAUAUCAAAAUUAAGGAUAUAAGUGGGUCAUUAAGUGUUGGACUAUCUCACAAGCAAAUAUGUUUUAUAUUACAAAAGUCCACUCUUGAUCUACCAACACGAACUGAAGAGGUUAAAUACAUGGACAACAUACGAACCAAACUGUUCUCUCAUAUUGGAGAUGCAUAUGUUUUCGUACUUGAAGCGACAUUGCUAUGUUUUAAAUCUAAAGUUCAUAAAGUUGUGGAUGUUACACACGUUUACUGGGCGGAAGAGUGUGCUUAUCAAUUUACUUGCAAGUUGCCUACUUAUAGCUAA